AUGGAAUUAACCACGUAGGCUGAUUUUCGAGCUCCGAUAUUUUUGACAAAAAUAGUCACAGUAACUACCGAAAACAAUGAACUAAAUGCCCGUAAACUCCAUCAGAGACUAACAAAGAGAUAUUUUUCGCUGGAAUUGUCGAGGGUUUCGUGAUUGCAAGCAAGGAGACAGGUAAAAAAUCCGGUCAAAAAAUUGAUUUUCUGCAUCCCAAGGAGGAAAAAAAAUCAAAGUCGUGGUAUAAAAAACAGUAGAUAGGUGAUAAAGUGAUUGAUUUGUGAUACGUUCUGUUGUGUUGGAAGUCUGAUAAUAUUCAUUAAGCAUCAUCAUGGAGACCACAUUCGACGUCAGUCAACUCAGUUUAAUUAUUCCGGCAUUUGCCGUAUCGAUAUUUGCCGUUUUGGUGUUCGUAUUUGGCUUCAAAAAGCCCAAUCCGCUGCCCGAAUUCGACAAAAACAUCAAUUUGACAGAAUCGGUGACGAAGCGAAAGAAGGAAAAGCAUGCCGCUGCCACAAAUGGUGACGUCAAAAAGUCGCAACCCAAGAAAUCCGCAGAGCCGAAGAAGAAGGCUGUCGUUGCCGCCGCUAAAAAAGUCGCCGCUCCCGUGGUUGAAGAACAAAAAACCCCCAAGGCUUCCAAUAAGCCCAACUUUGCUGAAAUGAAGGCGCAAAAGAAGCAAGAACUCAAGGAAUACAAGGAAAGUCAAUCGGAUGAUGGUUGGACCGUGGUCAAGCCAAAGAAGGGAGCAAAGGCGGAGGAAAUUAACGUCGCUGCUUUGGUAGAAGCUGCAAAAGCAAAUCUCGCCAAUAAUGCUGACACCGGCAAAAACAACAAAAAGGGCGGCAAAAAGGAAAAGAGCAACGAAAAGGAGAUUAAAAAUCGCGUCAACAACGAGCUGAAGAAGGAAGAGAACAUUAAAGCUGUCAUCGAGGAGAUUCAUGCUGAAGUCACUCAACCAACUCAGAACAAAACAAAGAAAAAGGCUCGUCGUGAGUAAAUCACGUCUUCUUUCCUUCUUCCAAACACAAAAAUUCACAAAAAAAUAUUUUUCCUUUUUUUUUGUAAUAUUUAAUAAUUUUUCAUGACUUUUUAUUUUUAUUUUACUAUUUAAAACGCUUUUUCUUGUUGUUUUAUCUGUUAUUUUAAUUUUUGUUUGUAUAAAAUCGCAUUUAAAAAUUUUUAGUAGAUUGUAAAAAAUAAGUUAUCAUGACUCCUUUUAUUGCUCAUUUAUUUUCUGUUACAUGGAGAUGAUCAUUUAUGUGAGAUAUUACACUUUUUUUAUAAUUUUAAAUAAAAUUUCAUUUUGGUAUAAGGUUUUGUCGCAUAAGAAAAAAAAAAUAAAAUUAACACAAAAAGUGCCUUCUAUAAAAAUUAAGACAAAUUUAAAAAUUAAGGAAAAAAAAAUUGGCAGAUUUGGCUUUAAUAAGGAAAGGACAGACAUCAAAUUAAAAAAAAAAGAUUAAAAAAUCGUGAGACGAUCGAUCGUUAAGUUCCGAUUAACAAAAGUCUCGCCAUGCACACGGGAAACAAAAAGGUGAAUAAACUUGCCCGAAUGAUGAUGUAACCUAAUCGCAUCUGAAUAAUAAUUAAAGAUGAUAAUCAGCAAUAAUUUUAAUUGAUAAGAAAUUCGCGAUUAUUACAAAAUCAUCGAUCGAUCGUCUUUUCCUUUAGUACAGCUCUAUGAAAAAAAAUAAUAAUUGUGCAUGUAGAUAUCAAUAUUUUUCUAUCUUCCAUUAAAAAUUAAACAAAAAAAUGAUGAAUGUAUUCCUUAUAAAGUGAUAAGAAAAUUUUAAAAUGUUAAGAAUUUCUACAACGAAUUUCUAAAUCUACUACAAAAAAAAUCUUAAAAUAAAAAAAAAUGAUAUUCACAUAAGAAGACAAGAAGACAACAUAUAACGUCCCGAGUUAAGCUUUUUUUUUCUUUGAUGAGAUAAAUUAAAAAAAAAAAAUAAAAAUAAAAUAAAUAGUGAAUGCGAGAAUUGGAGCUCAAGUUCGUUUUUUUUUUGUUUGUUGUUCCCCGUUGCGGGAUGUUUUAAAUAUAUUAUUAUUGAAAAUAAUGAAGCCAAGUAAUACCUUAAAUAUAUUUUGUAAAACUAAGGUUAGAUUUAAUUAUAAAGAUUAAUUAAUUAAUUAAUUAAAAAUAAGAAAAAUAAAUUUCAAAAAAUGUUGAGAAAAAAAAUUACUCUUAAAAAAAAC